AUGCAGCUUGUCGCUGCUGCGUUGAAGAAUCAUCAACCUGCAGCCAUUCCAGUUUCUGAGCAGAGCGAUUUACCGCGUGCUAGCACUAUUUUCAGAGAGUUUAGGCAACAUGACCCUCCGAGAUUCAAGGGUGAGCUAGACCCAUUUGUCGUCGAGGUUUGGCACACAAAGAUAGCAAGGAUUUUUUACACGAUACAGUGUCCAACAGACCAACGUGUUUCUUUAGCGACCUUUCUUCUCUUGGGCGAGGCCCGUCAUUGGUGGUCGUCUGUCAUGGGUGGGCCAUAUUUUGUCUGGACGUGUGAGGAAUUCAUGGUCCAGAAGUUCUUCCCUGAGCAUGUGCGUGAGAGGAGAGCGAUGGAGUUUGAGACCCUUGUUCAGGGUGAUAUGACGGUGUCCCAGUAUGAGGCCCGUUUCUUAGAGUUGUCUAGAUUUGUUCCUCAUCUCACUGGUGAUGAGAAGAUGAGAGCUCGCUAUUUUCAGAAUGACUGGGCAUCAGAGGCGCGAUUGCCCUCUCCCCUUACAGCAGCAGAGGCCACGAUAAUUGCCUCCUCCUCAUCCUCCUCAGCGUCAGCAGUAGUAGCAUCAGUAGCGAGUGCAGCUUCCAGCUCCCGCUCCUAG